UUAGUAUUCGAAAGUUAGCUGAACGGUUAGGAUGGAAAGGCUGUUGCUGCUGUCGAUUGCAACCGCGGUGCUGUGCUCGGGCUGGUUCGUCGUACAAGCUCAGUUGGAAGGCGAGAACUAUCGACUACCCAACAAUAGCUACCCGUUGCGGUACGACCUUGAGCUGACCACGUACAUCCACGAGGACGGUAGCGAUCGACAGUUUCGUUUCGAUGGAAAGGUCAAGAUGCAAGUGUUCGUUAAAGACGAGCGCAACAGUAGUAUUACGGUGCACUACCGCAAGAUCACUAUCACCCACGUUAAAUUAUGGUCCUUUUUCGGAAAUGGAACCGAACAUGUGCUAUUAAAUGACAACAGUAGUUUUACUCUGGACCCAGUGAGAGAAUUUGUGACAGUGACACCGCCGGGUGCCGAUUUAAAGGGGACAUAUUUUCUUGAAUUCGAAUACAAUGGUGAACUGCGAAACGACAACGCUGGAUUCUAUCGGUCCUCGUACAUAGAUGACGACGAAAAGACUCGUUGGCUUGCCACGACGCAGUUCUCAUCAACCGACGCGCGUCAUGCGUUUCCUUGCUACGAUGAGCCUGGCAUACGAGCUCCCAUCGGACUGACGAUCAUCCAUGGUGCAAAAUAUAUGGUUCUAUCUAACAGUCUUCCAGUUGAUAGUCAACCGGGACCAAUCGAGGGUUACAACAAAACCGUGUUCGACGAUACGCCUAAAAUGCAACCUUAUCUGCUGGGAAUUAUUGUGAGCGAUUUUGCGUCCGUUUCUUCCGAACACUAUCCCCGCCAGCGCAUCUUUGCUCGUUACAAUGCUAUCCGGAAUGGCGAGGGUGACUUUAUUCUGGAAGCUGGAUAUAAGAUCCUGAACAUCCUGGAGCAGUUCUUGGAAACCAACUACGCACUGCCAAAGAUUUAUCAAGUGGCUGUACCUGAUUUUGCUGCGGGAGCGAUGGAAAACUAUGGAUUGGUUACAUAUAAAGAGGAAAAUUUUUUCUACAACAAUCAAUCCUCACCAUUGAAGCAGAAACAUGCGAUAGCCACAGUCGUCGGCCAUGAGUUCGGUCAUCAAUACUUUGGAAAUAUGGUUUCGCCGUCCUGGUGGAGUUAUCUCUGGAUGAAGGAAGGGUUUGCUAGGUAUUUUGAGUAUUUAGCUUCAGAUCGAGCGUACCCAGAGUUACGUAUUAGCGAAACUUAUCCGGUUCAAAAAAUGCAUAACGCCUUUGAAUUUGAUUCACUAGGAUCGUCUCACCCAAUGACUUUCUACGUCAAUACUCAAACACAAAUUGCCAAUGUUUUUGACAACAUUGCUUACGAUAAAGGUGGAUCUAUGAUGCGAAUGUUUGAGCAUACAUUUGGAUUGGAAACUUUCCGACAGGCGUUGAUGAACUAUCUAACCGCGAAUGCAUUUCAGGCUGCUCAGCCAAAAGAUUUUGCUGAUGCAAUUCAGCGAGCUAUCGACAAUGACACCGAUGUAGCACUUCCACUAAACAUUACCGCUUGGGAUAUCCUGAAGUCAUGGACCGAGCAAAGUGGUUAUCCGGUUCUACACGUGUCAAGAAGCCUUGAUUUGAAUGUGCACUUAACCCAAGAACGUUACCUUCUCAAAACAUUCGACACUACUGGAGCUACAUGGAUAUUACCGUAUAAUUUCGCCACAGCAAAACAUCCCAAUUUCACUUCAACGUCCCAUUCAAGGUGGUUAAUUACAAACAGUACCACACUUCCAGUAGAAGAUUGGACAUCCUCGGACUGGAUGAUUUUCAACAAACAACAAACCGGGUACUACCGGGUGAAUUAUGAUGAACGGCUUUGGAAUUUGAUCAUAACACAACUGCAUCGAAACGUUUCAGCAAUCAAUAAUAUAAACCGAGCGCAGUUGAUCGAUGAUUCCCUCAAUCUAGCUCGAUCGGGCCGUUUGGGAUACGAUACUGCCUUGAGACUCAUCUCAUAUCUUAUUCACGAAAGAGACUAUGUACCUUGGGCGGCUGCCAAUAGGAAUCUAGCCGUGUUGAUGCGACUCUUCUCCGGCUCAACUCAAUUGCAGUUAUUGAAAAAAUAUCUGCUCUCUGUGAUAAAUCCAGUGUUUUCGGAACUUGGUUUAGUGACUCAUUCCAAUGACGAUCUUUUCACCCGUCAAGCAAGAGAACUGGCAGCCGGAUGGGCUUGUACGGUGGGCUCCACAGCAUGUCUCAACAGAACAGCGGAAAUCUUGAUAGCGUCAAUGGAAACACCUUCCAUCCAGGUUGAUCCCGAUCUUCGUAGUGUCAUUUAUUGUCACGGAAUCAAAACUUUCGAUAGGGAAAUGUUUCUGGCGGUGUGGCGAAAAAUGCAGGCUUCUCAGGACCAACAAUUCCGUACCGAUUUGAUCAAUGCGCUUGGAUGCGUUCAGAGUAUUGAGCUGAAGCAACUGUUCCUUAACACAUCCAUAGCCAACGAGACCGAAGAAUUGAAAUAUUUUGGUCAAGAACGAGAACGAAUUUUUACCGCUGUGUAUUCAAGUGGUAAAAAAGCAACCGAAAUGGCUCUACAGUUCUUUGCGCAGAACAUGGAGAAAAUCAAUGAAUUAUACAACAAGGGUAAUUUUGGAGGUCGCGCCAUUGGAGUGGCAAUCACAGGGAUAGCAAAAUAUAUUGUGGAUAGAGAGUUGAAUAGUCAGUUCCAAGAUUUGAUUGAUCAGCUCUCCAAAGCCGGUCUGCUGCGUGACGCUGACAUUCUGAGAGCCCUGGAGCAAUCGAGUGAAAACUUACAAUGGGUUUCAUCAAAAGGAAAAGAAAUUGAGGAUUGGUUAGAGGCAUUCUAUCCGGUACCUACCGAAGAACCGACGACGACUGUCGUGAUACAAACCACGUCAUCCACAACAACCAGUAUCGCCCAAACAACAACAACCACCACCGCUGCAUUAACAAGAACAAGGACAACCGUUACUACAACUUCGCCCACAACAACUAUAAGCUCAACCUGGACAACAAUCGAUGAUUCAACCGCGCCCACGAGUUCGGCAUUGCUCGAAACUACUACAGCAGUGUCUAACGUGAAAACAACAACCGAAUUUGAUGGUGGAGCCCAAAAAGCAAUGUUAUCUAUAUGCAUGGUGGUGCUCUCUGUUUUGAUAAGUAAAAUCAGUGCAGCUACGGAAGGAGUAAAUCAGUUACUUUUAAGUUCUCAUUUCAUCAACAUGUUCAAAACGUCCGGUCUGUUGCUACUUCUUCUAGCUAAACUUAGCUGUUCCGGUGUGCCAUCACGAGUGAGACAGACCGAAGCGACCACCAAAUUGGAUACGAUAGAAUAUGGUUAUCGACUGCCAAAUACGACAUUCCCACUGAAGUACAACAUCGAGCUAACAACACACAUUCAUGAUAACGCUAGUCCGAACCAGUUUGAAUUUGAAGGAAAAGUUAUCAUUUUAUUGCAAGUUUUAGAAGAAAAUGUCCGUGAUAUCACAUUACAUUACCGCCAAAUCACUGUAACACAUGUGAAACUGAGCGAAGCUAAUGGAACUAUAAUAAUUGAUGACGAUGCAAGUUUCUCCACUGUUGAAGAUUUGGAAUUUUUAGUCAUCCAUGCUCCAACAACUCUUAAAUUGGAGGUGCAUUCGCUGGAGAUUCAAUAUCAUGGAGUGCUCCGUAGUGAUAACGGAGGAUUCUAUCGGUCAUCAUACACGAAUCCGAAUGGAGAUAUAAGCUGGAUCGCCACCACACAAUUCGAGUCAACCGAUGCUAGACAUGCUUUUCCUUGUUAUGACGAACCUGGCAUUCGAGCGCCGAUUGCCCUGAAACUGACUCAUGGAAACAUUUAUCAUGCUAUAUCGAAUAUGCCCGUAAUAUCGACCGUAAUUAAGGAAAACUACACAACAACCGAGUUUCAAGAGACACUGUCAAUGCAAACCUAUCUUCUAGCGUUUGUGGUAUCGGAUUUCGACAAUGUCAGUGACUUUACCAACCGUCAGUCGGUUUAUGCAAUUCCGACUGCUAUUGCCAAUGGUGAUCUGAAUUUUGCCCUUGAAGCGGGAGUUAAGGUGAUCAAUGCCUUGGAAGACUUUCUCCAAGUCAACUAUAGUUUCCCAAAACUGGACCAAAUCGCCAUUCCGGACUUUGCCGCUGGUGCUAUGGAGAACUGGGGUCUAGUCACCUAUCGGGAAGAGGUCCUUCUCUACAAUUCUUCAAAGUCACCAGUGAAUCAGAUGAAACGAACAGCCAGCAUAAUUGCUCACGAGUACGGCCAUCAGUUUUUCGGUAACCUCGUGUCACCUGCUUGGUGGAGCUACCUAUGGCUGAAUGAAGGCUUCGCUACACUUAUGCAGUACAUAGCCUCAGAUAUAGCAUAUCCUGAGCUACGCAUUUUAGACAUGUUCAACAUCGAAGCUGUGCAAACCGCGUUUCAAUCAGAUGCACUAGAAUCAACACGUCCAAUGAAUUGCUAUGUCGAAGCACCGGUCGCUAUCUCUGGAUUGUUCGAUGACAUCGCGUAUGAUAAAGCCGGAUCCGUUCUGCGCCAGUUACAACAUGCUUUAGGAGACCCGGUUUUUCGCACCGGAUUAAGGUACUAUUUGGAAACCAAACAGUUCCAAUCGGCCACUCCAGUAGAUCUAGCGUUAGGACUUCAAAAAGCAGUUGAUGAAACUAAUGCACUUUCUGGCGAAAUAAAAGUCGUAAAUAUCGUGGACUCAUGGGCCAACCAAAAUGGCUAUCCGGUACUACAUAUUACGCGUGAUGCUACCGGUGCUAUCGAACUUCGUCAAGAACGCUUUUUAUUGAAAAACUCCGAACAGGGUGCCAACGAGACCUGGUACAUUCCAUACAACCUGGCCACCAGAAAGCAUGCCAACUUUUCUUCAACUUGGCCUCUAAAUUGGUUAAUUGGAAACAUAGACGAAAUACGACCAAUGCCGUCGCUCGAUUGGAGUAACGAUGAUUGGGUAAUUUUCAACAAACAACAGACAGGUUAUUACAGAGUCAAUUAUGAUGACAAUCUAUGGUAUUUGAUAAUUCAAGAACUUAAUCAAGGAGAUUACUCAACCAUCCAUCAUCUGAAUCGGGCUCAGUUGAUUGAUGAUUCGCUUAAUCUUGCGCGAGCUGGUUACAUCAAGUACGACAUUGCUUUGCAGCUAAUUGAGUAUCUCGCUAAGGAAACAGAAUACAUUCCGUGGGCUUCAGCGAACAAUGGAAUGGAAUAUCUCAACCGAAUGCUUUCAGGAUCCUCGAAAUAUAAUCUUUUUAAGAAAUUCAUUUGGAAUUUUAUCGAUUCAUCCUUCCAUCAUUUUGGUCUAUCGGACAAGGCUGAUGAAUCUCAUUUCGAUAAACUAACACGAAACAUAUUGAUCAACUGGGCUUGUCUAAUGGAUUCGGAUGAAUGUAUCACACAGACGCAGCACAAACUUCUCGAGGUAGUUUCAAACAUAACCAAUGACAUCGACCCCAAUCUCAAAGGGGUAAUUUACUGCAACGGGUUACGUUACGCGGAUCACGACACAUUCCUAUUCGUUUGGGAUCGUAUGCAGAGAUCACAAGAUCCGGCCGAAAGGACAUUACUGAUGACUGCAUUGGGAUGCUCGCAGAAUGCUGUUUUGCUCACCGUAUAUUUGGAAUCUUCUAUUGAUGAAACAGGAGACUCCAACUAUCGAGGACAGGAACGAGCGCGUGUGCUAAGUUCCGUUUAUAACAAUGGAAAGGUUGGGUUGGAAACUGCAAUGAAAUUUAUAGCGGAGAAUGCAGAAACCAUCAAUAGGCUGUACAACGGCGGAAGCUUUGGUGCUCGAGCAAUAGGAGCAGCGAUUACCGGAAUGGCCCGUCAAGUCGUUCUCAAGGAGCACAACGAAGCGUUCGAAACGUUAAUCGCAAAAUUGGAUGCUGGCAACUAUUUGAACGAUGUUGAAAUUUCUACGGCUAGAGAGCUAGCGUCUGAAAAUUUUAUUUGGACUGGGAAAAACUUUGGCGUUAUUGAAAGCUGGCUAGAGGAAAAUGUUGGUUCAGCAGCGAUCCAAUUUUCAUUUUCGGUUACAAUUCUGAUUGUAUCGGUUGCAAUCAAUCGACAAUUGGUUAACAUAUGGAGAAAUCAGUUCUCGUGCGAAUCUAGGACGAUUAGGAUGAUCAUUUCCAAUACGAUUCUGCUGUGUGCCUUAGCUGCCGUGGUUGUGACAGCGGAACGGCCUCUCUCCAAGCAGGCUGACGUGGAACCACCACUUCUUGCACCGGAAGCGACGAAUGAAGAUACCUCGGAACUAAGCCCGUUCCAGGAAGUGGAUAAUACGUAUCGUCUGCCUAAGACUAGCUAUCCUACGCACUACGAUAUUGAACUAAAAACCGAAAUUCAUCGUGGAGACCGCAACUUCGAAGGAACUGUACAAAUUAAUCUGAAAGUGGUCGAACAAACCAAUGACAUAGUUGUACAUCAUCGAUCACUGGUUAUUCAAAAUGCUGAACUUGUUCCAGUAUCAGAGGAAGGAAGCCCACUGCUGAUAGAUUGGUCAUAUGACAGUAGAGUUGAACAACUCACAUUUCACAGCGAGUCACCUCUGUAUCCGGGCGAAUACAAAUUGAGUAUUACAUUCACUGGACGACUUUCUAAUAACGAGGAUGGAUUCUACAUUUCAUCAUAUACCGAUAACGAAGGAUCUACAAGAUAUUUGGCAACCACUCAAUUCGAGUCCACAAGUGCCCGUAUGGCAUUUCCGUGCUAUGACGAACCAGGUUUUAAGGCAAAAUUUACCUUUUCGAUCAGACAUCACUCUUCUUACUCAGCUCGAUCGAAUAUGGAGUUCAUGAUUGAUCCACAGGAUGACGACUACGAAAUCACCUCGUUUGGCACUACUCCUUUGAUGUCCACAUAUCUACUGGCAUUCGUAGUGUCAGAUUUCGAAAUGGUAGAGUCCUCCGAUCACAGUGUCUACGCACGUCCAAAUGCUAUCGAUGAAGUGGAAUUUGCUCUAGAUGCCGGAGAUCGAAUCCUACAAGCUCUCAACGAUUAUCUCGACAUUGAUUACUAUGACUACAUGCCUGAAAUGAAACAGUUUGCCAUUCCUGAUUUUGCAGCAGGAGCUAUGGAAAACUGGGGCUUAGUUACAUACAGAGAGCAAUAUCUACUGUUCAAUCCCGAGCUGAGUACUUAUCGCACAAAAACCAAUAUUGCCACUGUUAUUGCUCAUGAAUUUGCUCACCAGUGGUUUGGAAACCUGGUCAGUCCCGAAUGGUGGGAAUACAUUUGGUUGAAUGAAGGAUUUGCCACGCUCUACGAGUACUAUGCGGCGCACUUGGCGUACCCCAACGAACAAUACUGGGAACUUUUCAAUCCACAGGUUAUUCAGGCUGCAUUAGUCUCCGAUAGUGUGGAUUCAACCAGACCUAUGACCUGGAAUGCAGCUACCCCAAGAGAAAUCUCGAACUUGUUUGACCGAGUAGCUUAUCCCAAAUCUGGAAGUGUAUUAAAUAUGAUGAACCAUGUGCUUGGAGAAGAAAAUUGGGCUAACGGUCUCCGGGAAUAUUUAUGGGAGAGAGAACUGAACAAUGCCAAUGUUGAGCACUUGUAUGAUGGGCUACAGGAAGCAAUUACAGGGCAAAAUAUCCUACCAAACGGGAUGACGGUUAAGUCAAUUAUGGAUACCUGGACAACGGAGAAAGGUUACCCAAUGGUAAGCGUACGACGAUCAUAUGAUUCUGGAGAUCUAAUAAUUUCCCAGGAGAGAUUUGUGUAUGAUCGAAAAGUUCCGAAUACAAACGUAUGGAUGAUUCCGUACAACUACGUCGUUCAAUCUAAAGCCGAUUUCAGUAAUCUGUACUCGUACGACUGGUUAUCCACGAAAGCAUCCCGACUGAAGGCUAAUGUACCAGAAAACGAGUGGAUCAUUUUUAACAAACAACAGGUUGGAUUUUAUCGUGUUAAUUACGACACUAGGAAUUGGAAUUUGAUCAUCGACGCUUUGAUAGAAAAUCAUGAUAAUAUCCAUCGGUUGAACCGAGCCCAGUUGAUCGAUGAUGCCUACUGGCUAGCACGAUCCGAGCGACUUGAUUUUGAAAUUACAAUGAAAGUAUUGCUCUACCUGAAGAACGAAAUGCACUAUGCCCCUUGGGUUGCCGCCAGCAAUGUGUUUUCGUAUUUCAACAGUAAAUUACGAGACACUCCAGCAUACGAUCAUUUCUUGGUUUUAGUAAACAGUCUGGUUAAAAAUGUGUACUCAACGCUUGAGGUUGAUUCAGUUCCCGAAGACGAAACAUUACUAGCCAAAUAUUUGAAACAAACCAUAUCCACGUGGGCUUGUAUUGCCAGAAACACAGACUGCUUGGAUCGAACUAAGAAAGCCCUCACUAAGGAGGCUGUGGACGGAGUAAAGGUUCACCCCGAUGUUGCCAGCGUUGUGUACUGCUAUGGUAUGCGAGAUGCUGGAGAGAAAGAAUUUACAUACCUCUACGGUCGAAUCUAUCCUACACAAAACUGGGCCUUUAGGACGAUGAUAAUCGACUCGUUGGGAUGUUCAGAGAACAAAGCUUUCCUGAAGAGCUUCCUGGAAACCGCAAUCGGUGGCUCUGGUGCUGGUGUCGAAAUCAACUAUAAGAGUAGUGAACGAACACGAAUUAUUCAAUCGGUUUAUUCUGGUAGUCGUUCCGGAGUUGAUGCCCUAAUUGAAUUUUUGAUGGAUUCAAAUAUGGCCAAAGAUUUUGUCAAUAAACUCGGCAUCAACGCCCUUAAUUCCGCUAUUUCAAACAUUGCCUCUCGGACGAAUACAGUGGAAGGAUUGAACAAAUUAAAUGCGCUACUGACUAGUUUGGGACAGUACGUUUCAUCUGAUAUCGCAGCUUCUGCUCGUGCAUCGGUCCAAAAAAACAUGGAUUGGAAAGACAGCUACGAAGGAAUGAUAAUAACCAGUUUUAUUACUGAAUACGCGGAGUCAAUAGAUAAAGAUACUACUACAAGUGCUACGACUACGACGACAACUGCCGGUGGAAUAUCCACUACUACAACUGGUAGUGGAAUUACUACUACCACACCUGGUAGUGGAAUUACUACUACCACACCUGGUAGUGGAACUACUACUACAACACCUGGUAGUGGGAUAUCCACUACAACUGGAAGUGGAAUAUCUACUACCACACCGGGUAGUGGAAAACCUAGUACCACUACGAUUGCAACUCCUUCUACUACACCGGGUGGAGCAGCUACCAUCACGAUAUCCAUGAUCCUGUUGAUCGUUACCCUUUUGAUUUCACUGCUAAACUAAACUGUUAUAAAACCUAAAAAAAUAGUUCUUUGUUCGUACACCUAGCCACAUUAGGAAAACGUAGUAGAAUGCUAAAAAUUCUCAACUGUAAACCUUCAAAUGCCAGAAAUUUUCAAUAAUGUGCUAGAGAAUAAGUGAAAAUUUAUCUGUUAUAAUACUUUGACAAAAACGAACAAAUUUCGCACACGCAUGCUACGAUCAGAAUAGCUAUACUGGUUCUUAGAAAAAGUGGUAAAAGCAUAGAAAUGGAACCAACAUCUUAUAGAUGGCUUAAACAGUUAACUCAAACUUAUGGCGUUUGAGAGCAAAUUCAGCAGCUUGAAGUUUUAUAUAGGAGAUCUAUAAUAGAACUGGAACUGGAACAAACGUAUUCGUAUUAUUCAUUCGAACAGUUCUACUGUCAAAUUUAAAACUGGUAUACGCUGCCGUUUAAUUUUUUGUAUUUUCAAACACAAGUAAAACGCUGCUGGGGCUGCCAGCAUGUCUUGUUAUAAUAAAUUUUGAAACAGACAUUAA